AUGGAGACGGUUACGGUGCGGAUGUCGCGCGGCGACCGGACGACCCCGUGGGGAUUCGGAGUCACUGAAGCGCCCAGUCGGGAUGUUGUCAUUGUUAAUGUUGUCGGCGGCUCCCUUGCCGACCGCGCCGGUCUGCGCAACGGCGAUAUUUUGGACGAGCUAGAGGGGUUGAGAAAUCUCGACAUUAACGCCACCGACCGGUUGCUCGUCACGAGUCGCGACAAGAUCGAGCUGGUCGUGCACAGCCCCGAGGAGGAGCAGCUGCGACGCGACAUCUUUGAGGUGUACAAUCAGCUCUGUAUGGUGCAGAUUACUUCGACGCCGAAGCCAUGG